AUGGCAUCGGCAGCGACAGAUGCGUCGGCAGCAACGGUGGCCGUGGCAGAAGCCGCGGCGGCAAAAGCAGCGGCAGAAGCUGUGGAGGCAAAAGCAGCAGCAGCCACGCCGGCAGCGGCAGCGGCAACGAGGAGAUGUUCGUUCGUCGAGUCGUUAGAGAUUUCCGCGAUUCCCGGAUUUCGGCGACGCGCAAAUAAGCUGUCGACCUUGACGACGACGACGAUAAAUUCGUUCGCCAAGAAGCCAGAACGAAACAAGAAGAUAAUGUCGGUCUCGGUAGCAACGAGGGUGGAAACAGCAGCAGCGACAAUGAUAACGAUGUCGCCUCGGGAAUCGGAA